AUGUCUCGAAGGGUGAAGCGAAGGAUUUCGGAGUGCUCAAUUGAUGAGGCGACAACCCUGCCAGACGACAUACUCAUCCAAAUCUUUUCCAUCCUAGACUACCGCAGCAGGGCAAGCUUCGCAGCAACUUGCCAAUCGUUCAGACGCCUAGGCUCGUCCCCUUGCCUCUGGGGAAGUCUGGACCUACGCUUCCACAAGUUCGACACCGCGAUGGCCAACUCCAUUUCCUCACGGACCAAACACCUCUCAAAGCUCGAGUUUCGAGGCGUAGAAUCAGCUGACGCCAUCGUUCAUCUUCGAGCGCAAAGCCUGCGCGAACUCAGCGGCGAGUUCUGUCAGGGCAUCACUGAUGCUACAGUUUCGGCCAUAGCUGCUCGGCAUAAAUUGCUACAGAGCAUACAGUUCGGCCCGCUCGCGUGCGAAAAAGUGAGCAGCCACGGGAUCGAAGCCAUAGCACAUUGUUGCCCCAACUUGACAAGGCUCCACCUCUCUGGCGUCAGGGAGGUCACCGCCGACGCAAUCAACUCCCUGGCUUCUCGUUGUGUGAAGUUGGAGGAUGUCGCAUUCAUGGACUCCAACGAUAUAGACGAAUUCGCAUUGGGCAACCUCGCGUCUUUGAGGUUUCUGUCAGUGGCUGGGGCGAAACGAUUGAAUUGGGGGCUGGCAUUUCAGCAUUGGAGGAGAUUGCCGAAUUUGGUGGGGUUAGACGUAUCGAGAACAGAUAUAGCAUUUGAUUCUAGUACCAGAUCAUCAUGGCUUUCCUUGUCAGACAAGUUACAAAUCGCGAUCACGUUGGAUUGCCCGGAGUUAGAAGAGCAAGGCAGUACUGCUGUCAAUUACUAUAUGGAGAAAAUGAAGCAUAAUGCUAAUAAAGAUGAUGACGGAAGAAUGAGCGGAUUCGUUGCUUGGACGGAGCGGGCUCUGUCUCAGUCACUUGUGCGUAUGGCGGAGAACAACCUGACGGGGACCAAGGUCGUCGACCCGUUCUGGGACAGGACAGGAGCGACUCUGUUGCUGCAUCUGCUACGAAGCUCGGAAGUCGAUGUCCGGGAACGAGCGGCCACUGCCAUCGCCACUUUCGUUAUUGUUGAUGAUGAUGACCACCCAGCUGCUACUAGUACCGUUGAUUCUACGAGGGCUAGAAGGAUUAUGCAGAGCGGCGGGGUGGAUGUGCUGCUGAGCUUUGCAACAACUAGUAUUCGACAGGGGCUUCAAAUCGAAGCCUUGAAGGCUAUAGCAAACUUGUGCAUGGAUUCCCAAGUUGCCAAAGUGGUGGCAGAGAAUGGAGGGAUCACAAUCUUGUCCAACUUGAUGAGAUCAAGUAACAGAUUCGUAGUGGAAGAGGCUCUUGGAGGGCUGUGGAACCUUUCUCUGGGUGAAGAGCUUAAGGGUUUGAUUUCUGAGACUGGUGGUACAAAAGCUUUAGUUGACCUCAUCUUCCAAUGGCCACCCAGCAGUCAUGGAAUUCUUGAGCGUGCAGCAGGAACUGUAGCAAAUCUAGUUACUGAUGAAAAAUGCAACUUUGAAGUGAUGGCUGCGGGUGGUGUGCGCGCUCUUACUCUGCUUGCCGGAUUCUCGGAAUACGUUGGAGUACAAGAACAGUCCGAGCUGGUCGCGGUAGCCAAGGCCAUGGAAUAUCACAGACAGGGAGAGCGAGCAAAAGCUGCUCGAGCAUUAGCGAAUCUGGUUUCUCACGGAGAUGUUAAUGCUAGUAACUUUGCUGUUGGGGAAGAGGUUGGUGCAGUUGAAGCCUUAGUAAGAAUCACAUUUUCUCAACAUGAAGGAGCAAGGUUGGAAGCUGCUGGCGCUUUAUGGAAUCUAUCAUUUGACGAAAGAAACCGAGAAGCAAUUGCAGCAGCAGGCGGCAUCGUUGCCCUUAUUUCCCUGGCAAAAUCUUGUUCGAAUUCCUCUCAUCAAGGCGAUCUUCAAGAACGCGCAGCAGGUGCUCUCUGGGGAUUAUCAGUAUCCGAAGCUAAUAGCGUUGCAAUCGGAGAAUAUGGUGGCGUACCUCCACUUAUCGGGUUGGCAUGCUCCGAUAUAGAAGAUGUCCAUGAGACUGCAGCUGGUGCCCUUUGGAACAUAGCUUUCGAGCCUGGGAAUGCUCUUCGCAUACUGCAAGAUGGAGGGGUUUCGUCUCUUAUCCAUCUCUGUUCCAGCUCGCCUUCCAGAAUGGCUCGGUUCAUGGCUACACUGGCACUAGCUUACUUGUUCGACGGAAGAAUGGAUGAAUAUGUCGCAGAAAGAGGAAUAACACAAGAUCCAUUCAACACCAUGAUCGCAGAUCGCAUUAAGAUGAUAGCCUUGAACCACAUUGGAUCCUUUGUCCUCUCAUUCUGUAGCGAUCACAUUUGUGAUACUGCAAUGCUGGCAGAAGCCUCAUCUGCAGCUCUUGCACAAAGGAUGGAAGGGUGUUUGAUACCAGAAGUUGGGUUUCUGAAAUGCAGCGAGGUAGAGAUGAAGCGAUUUGUUGCGAUGCUAGGAAGUGCUUGCCCUAUAUUGAAAGUGUGUUCAUCCUUCGCUCUUUUUCAGUUCACAAUGCCAAAUGGACGAUACACAUCACAUCAUGUGACCUUGUUGCAAAACGCAGGAAUAUCUAGGAUCAUACAAGCCAUUGCUUCCUCUUCCACAACUCCCGUCGAAGUUAAAGUCUUUGUGAAACUCCUACGAAGUAACCUGCAACUCCACUACCGUUUGGAGGAUCUUUCAAAUUUUCAUACUCUUGUUUGUGCCUCAAAACUUACACCAAUUCUGCACAAACUCUAA